GAAAACUCAGACCUGUCCUGCAUUUGGGCUGGAUUAUGUUGUCAUUAAUCAAGACUAUUAAAUUGUAUUUUAGCUGACACCAUAAAAUAAUUAAGUAAUAUGCAAUCCCAAAAAUAUCUGAAUUCGACAGUAUACAACAUAAAGCCUGGAGAGAUGGUCCUUCCCGAUAAGAGCUCGGGGCCCAAAACGGUAUUCGGGAAACGGCCCCAGAGACUCCCCUCCCCGGCCCUGUGCUGCGCCUGUGGCCUGUGCAUUAUGCUGGCGGGCAUCAACAUCACCCUGGUGGGGGCCUUUGCUUUCAAGUCCUUCAUCCCCACCAGCAACCCACCCAUCGUCAUCGGGCCCCUCCUCCUACUGGUGGCCCUGUCCUUUUUUGGGGCGUGCUGUGUGUGUGGGCGGCGGCCACCAACCCACAAUGCCGGCAAGGCCAAGGGGGACGAGAGCUGGGGUCGGACGCGGAUAGGGGCCGGCGUCACAUUUGAGAUGGAGACGAGCGAGCACACGCUGCAGGACACCACUGCUGUGCAGCUCAGUCCCACCAACUCUCAGAGCUCCUCCCACAAGUCUAGUAACUCCGCCCAUGGGGAUACCUCUGCAGUAGGGGCCUGUGAGGAUGGCCCCGCCCCCAGGGCCUGUGAUCUCGCCAGCUCAGAGGCCUAUGAUAUAGAUGUGAGACCUGAUGACCAGCUCUUGACCUCUGAGGACCAGAUCUUGACCUCUGAGGACCAGCUCUUGACCUCUGAGGACCAGCUUUUGACCUCUGAGGACCAGCUUUUGACCUCUGAGGACCAGGCAUUGACUGCUGAUAUUGAAGAUAAGGGGAGCAUCCAGAUGACGUGACUAUACAAGCCUUGCCCAACGUAGCAUGGCUGUCUACUGGCUAUUACAUAAACUGGUACUAUAUCCUGUGUGACAAUGACCUGUGUAUCACUAUAUAUUGACUUGCCUAGUUAAAUAAAGGUUAAAUAUCCCUCUAGUACUAUAAACUGGUACUAUAUAC